CCUUCACUCCGUAAGAGUAGGACAAAAACAAGGGCAGCCAUAACUUCCUAUGCUCUGACAGGGACCUCCAAUAUUUUCGGUAAACCGCAGACAUGGGCUUCGAAACAUGUGGUCCAAACGAGGUGAUGGUUGUGUCAGGAUGCUGUCACAGCCGGUCGGUGUUUGUGCCUGGCGGUCGUGUGUUCGUCUGGCCUGGCAUCCAGAGACUGCAGAGAAUGAGUCUGAAUACCCUGACUCUCACUAUUGAGAGUCCCCAGGUCUACACCAAGCAUGGAGUCGCUAUCUCAGUCACAGGGAUAGCGCAAGUGAAGAUUCAGGGAGGAAACAAUGCCAUGCUGCAGUCUGCCUGUGAGGUUGUUCCUGGGGAAGUCUGAGGGGUGAAUCAUAGCGUGUGGGAGACUCUGGAGGGUCACCAGAGAGCCAUCAUGGGAAACAUGACUGUGGAGGAAAUCUACAAAGACAGAAAGAAGUUCUCCAAGGCUGUGUAAGUGGCUUCAUCUGAUCUUGUGAACAUGGGGAUCGCUGUCAGCUAUACACUGAAGGACAUCCGAGAUGAAGAGGGUUAUUUGAGAGCCUUAGGUAUGGCAAGAACGGCACAGGUGAAACGUGAUGCCCGUAUCGGUGAAGCUGAAGCACAGAGAGAUGCAGGCAUUAAGGAAGCUUAUGCAGAAGAGAAGAGGAUGGAAUCGCGUUUUGCUAAUGACAUCGAGAUUGCCAAGGCACAGAGAGAUUUCCAACUGAAGAAGGCUAUGUAUGACAUGGAGGUCCACACAAAGAAAGCCCAAGCUGACUUGGCUUAUGAUCUGCAGGCUGCCAAGACAAAGCAGCGCAUCAAGGAGGAGCAGAUGCAGGUGACAGUGAUCGAGCGUUCUCAGCAGAUUCAAGUACAAGAUCAGGAGAUCGUGCGUCGAGAGCGAGAACUGGAGGCCCAGGUUCGCAAGCCUGCCGAGGCUGAGAAGUACCGACUUGAAAUGAUUGCGGAGGCCAACAAGAACCGAGUUGUGAUGGAGGCUGAGGCAGAGGCUGAAUCAGUCAGGAUGAAGGGAGAUGCUGAAGCCUUCGCUAUUGAGGCCAAGGCCCGUGCAGAAGCAGAACAGAUGGCCAAGAAGGCUGAUGCCUGGAAGGACUUCCAGGAGGCUGCAAUGGUGGACAUGGUAUUGGAAACACUCCCCAAGUUGGCUGCUGAGGUCUCUGCUCCAUUGACCAACACAAGGAAGGUUACCAUGGUUUCCAGUGGCAAGGGUGAAGUUGGCGCUAUGAAACUGACCAAUGAGGUGAUGGGUAUCAUGGAGAAGCUGCCCAAGGUUGUGGAGAACCUCACUGGAGUCAACAUCAGCAGGGCAAUGAAGAUUUCCCAGCGUAAGGCAUAGAAGAUUGCCAGCCUGCUUUUCAUUCUUGAUCAACAUAAGGACACCAAUACUCCACCAGGAACUUUCGAUAAUUAUACUAAAAUUAUUCUCGUAACCAUGGUAACAUAAUCAACCAUUCUAAAAGAUGAUGAAAUGAAUAGAUCUUUUUAAGGAAACAAUCUGCAUGUGUGUUUAUUAACGAUAAUUACUACAUGUGUGUCUUAUAGGAUGUUUUUUUAUCCCUGUUAUGUACUAAGUCAAUGUGAUUUAUAGAGUAAAGAUUCUCUAGCAUAAUGCAUGCACCUCUUACUUCAUCUCUCAGUGUAGAAUCAAGAUAGAGAUAUCAUUUUUAUAUACCCUCCCUUCAUUUCAUCGUCAUUGUAUACCCUUCAACAUUCAUUUCAUGUCUUUAAUGAACAAAUCUUACUUCAAACAACAAGAAUACAAUAUUAAACCUUAGGAGGUUUGGAAUGGUUGAAGUGGAAUCUGUGCUUCGCAUAAAUGCAACAAAAUUUGGAAAAGUACGUUUUGACAAAUAUUUUCUCCAUCAAUUCUGUAAGUGAGAUAGCGGAAGAGUGUUUAUAUUUUGAAUAUUCGGAUAGAAGACAAUCAGUUGCAUUUAUGCAAAGCACACAGGUUACUUAUUAAGACUGUUUAUUUGUACCAAACCAUGUGGUGUGCAACUGUUUCCUGUAUGUUGCAGGAAAUGGUCUGUGCUGAUAAGUAUGCAGAGUUAUCUGCCCAUAUUUUUCAUCAAGGGCAGAUAACUUAUGCAUGCAUGUUUGUGUUCAAUGAUGUUGAUGGUUUUGGUUACCAAAUAAAAGAAUGUUCUUGUCGCUGAAAAGAAUUGAAUAAUACAAUCUUAUUAAACAGGAUAUUUUUACUUUUAGAUAAACAGUUCUUUUAAACUGAAGUUUCAAUGAUUAGAAAACAUGACUUCGUCCAAACUUGAGGAUUUUGUUGGAGUUUCUUAAACAGAUGAAUGUCAAUUUAAUUACCUUUUUUUAAUAUUUAUAGAACACCAUGCUCUUAUCUUAUAAAUCUUCAAGAAAAUGCUUAGCCUUGCCUGAUUGAAACAAACUUAUGAUUAUUUAUGUUUUGAAAAGUUUGCAUUACAUUAACAGUGUAAAUAACAUUCCCAUUUCUGAGUGAAGACCCUACGCCACUGUGUAGUGCUGAUAUUUCCAUACUCAUGUAGCCGUUAAUAUUUUCUGUAUAUAUUAAUAUAAAUCUAUUUUAUGCUAAAUUAACUACAUAGUCAGUGCAGUAGCUUACAUCACAGAACGGGGCACGUUAGUUUUUUCAUCAAGGAUACAAUAUGAUAUCGUUGUUUACAUAUUCAGUUAUGUUGAUUGAAAAUAUUACAGUCUGUUAUGUUUUAAACUUGUUAAGAAUCAGCUUAUUGUUUUAUGUGAGGAUUUAAAAUUAUCUUAAAACCUUGUGUUCCUGCUUUUAUGAUUGUAUUUUUUACCGAGAAAGAACUGGGUUGGCCUGACCUUCUAGGGUAUGGAGGCUGAACAAAUAGACUCGUACCAUGCACCUUCAACAGAUUCCCAUGUAAUAUGAAUGAUAUGUUGGAGCUGAUUUCAAAUUGUAUUUGCUGGUAAUGAACAAGCUAACAGAUUGAUGUCCAAUUGUUUCCUAUUAGGUUACAGCAUCCCAGGUCUUCUUAUUGAUAAAAUGGCAGCAUUAUGAUCUUUUUUAAGUUAUUACUUAAUUCGGAUACAGGACGGGAAACAUAUCUUGAACAUUCAUACUAACUGGUUUUGGGAUUAAAUUCAAUUCAUUGCACCCUGUCAUCAAGUCAUUGUUCAGUGGUUGAGGCUAUAACAAGGAAAGAUGCAAUAUUUUUAGUAAAUACUUUGUCUAGCCUAGUGAUUCUGCUUGUUUGUCAUUCUCAGUUGUAAUGAGAAGAAUUUGUUUCUUUCAUGCUUUUGUCUUUAUCAGAAGUAUCAAAAUUUUGAAUGCUAACUUCCAAUUUUUUUCUUAUAUAUUUGUAAUAUUUAUCUCCUUGCCUUGUUUUUUUUAUUAUUUUAUUUACAAAAUUGAAAUGAAUUCAUUAGUAAAAAUCACUUUUGUUAGUGUCGUGUAUAAUUUUUUCCUGUGUGUUUGUACCAUUUAUUUUUAGUUGAUUAUAUUGGUUAUAUUUGAAAUCAUAACUAUUUACUAUGAAUGAGUAAUAUUUACUGUCCAACUCUCAAAUGAUUUAUCGAAAACUUCUGAUUUGAUGCUCAAGGUGUUGAAAAUAUUAUGUAGCUUUUAUUUAUGAAUUUGCAUGAUCACCACAACCUCUGUCCAAACAAUGUCUUGUUGUAGUACCUAGUCAUCAACAACCUAUCAUUAAUGAUAUUAAGAACUUUGCAUUUCAAACCACGUCUCAUCCAGUGUAAUCAUCUUUUCUGCCAGGAAUUUAUGAAGAAGCAUAAUUUUUUUAAUCAAACGUUCUCAUUUGUCUCCUUUUAAGAUUUUACUUUCAGUUUCGUUUACUUGUUUUCCUUAAACCGAUUUUGUUUUGAUGCUAACUGAAGUCAUUUUCAUUGAUAGUAGGAAGGAUACAACCAGCAUAAAUAACUAUUUUCUGUCAAAAAUUGGAACAUGUAAUGGUUUUGAAAUGGGUAGCACUUACCAGUCAAGAGCAAGCUCAAUUCUGUUUGGCUGUAUUGAACAAAAUAAUUUGGGGCCAGCGGGGUAGCCCAGUGGUUUAAGUGUUCACUUUUCAGGGUUUGAUUCCCUACAAUGUGUGAAGCCCAUUCCUGGUGUACCCUGCCAUGCUAUUGCUGGAAUUUUGCUAAGUUGGCAUAAAACCAUAAUCGCUCACUCACUCACUUGAGAUUAGUUGACUCCCGUCAUACAAACAAUAUGUCAAACAUGUAAUCCUAUUUUGCUGUAUUUGCAUGAAAGUUUACAGUACUGUACAAGUACCCUUCUGUACUAUCAACUCUCUGCUGUCAUUAAAACUGUCAAUAAUCAGUUUAAACGAUGACCUAAGUUGAAUAUGAAAACUGAUGAAAAUUUUGAUUUUUCCACAAAUUCACAUUGCCAUAUCCUACUGAUAAAAUACAACACGUGUUUAUGAAAGUCAUCUUUUGUUGUUUAAAGUUAAAACAGGAAGCAAUAUUUUGGUAUCUUGAUUUACACCUUGUAUUGUCCAACUUGUGAGCUCACAUAUCCAAAAUGUUGUGAUAAUAUAUUCUAUUAACAAAUUUCCAUCAGUUUUCAAUGAGACAACUUUUGCAUUCAGUUUUGAGAAAGAUUUUUUAACUUUGUUAUAUGCCCUGUUCUUUUAGUUGUAUAUAGCCAACAUUAGCACUUAUUCUGUGGUAGAUGUAGAAAAACCAAGAAUGCGAUGUAUCAGUCAGAGUUUUUAUGUAUUCUGAAAUUUUAUGUCCAAAGUCUGUUUUUACACAUAUUGCUCAUGAAUUGUGGUAUUCUUGUGCUAUCAGUAUUUGAUAUUAGUGUAUCGAUUUAGAGAUAAAAUCUUCAUAAUUA